AUGAAGAUGGAGCUUGCCGGGGUUCACUGGGUGCUUGCAGCUGCAGGGUUUCUUCUGUGGACCAGUUGUGCGUCUGCAGCACCCAUGGAGUGCCACUUCAACUCCAAAGCGCUGUGUGUGUUCGAGGGGAGGCACUUCUCACUGGGGGAAACCUGGAUGGACAACGCCUGUAUGCAGUGCACCUGUCUGCACCCUGUUGGCGUCGGUUGCUGCGAGACGGUGCAUCGACCGGUGGAUUUCCCCGCGUGGUGUGAGGUGCGGGUGGAGCCAGUGACCUGCAAAGUGUCCCUGGUCCAGACAGCCGACCCCCGCCUGCCCUGCUCCCCAGGCCAGGACCUCCAGGACCCGAGCCAUGGAUCACUUCAGCUGCAGCAGCAACAACUGGACGGGUAGAAACCUGCUCAGACCAGCGCCUAUCUGAUCAACCUGUUGGCCUGUGAAACCAAUACUCACUAUAGUUUAAUAACCACUUUAUACACAAACAAUUAACAGCAUAUUUUGGAUUGUAUUAUCAAUGUAGAGUGAAACUGUCUGUGAAAUAUAUUUAAGUUAACCUGCGGUGUUGUGCAGCAGAGGAUGUUAUAAACACUGAGCACCACAUGAUGAACCAUAUUAACAAAUUUAGGAAAUCAAGGCGUCACUCUUUAGAUGAAGCUUCACUUUGAGUAUAUGUUUGAGCUUAGUUAUUACAGUAAGCUGUCUGUCUGCUUCUUUAAUUAAUCCAAUAACAACUUAUUGUAAAUAUGAAC